AUGAAUUCUCUUUCAGCAAUUGGAUAUUUUUCAAAAUUCCCCGUCCGGCAUUCUUCGAAUUCCAGACCCCGUCGUUUUUGUAACAGAAUUCCAUACAUAAGCUCGGCCCUCAAAACCUCCCCUCCUCCCAGAGAGUUUGCUGGAGAUGAAGUGUUGCAAGCAUUUUUGAAAGAAAGAGAAUUGACCGGAGAUUUUAUAUCGAAAAUCUCUGAUAAAUUCUGGAUAAGGGAUUUGAUUUCAAAUUCCGAAAACCAAGCUGAAAAAAUAGCGAACAAUCUCAAUAAUGACUCUCAGUUGUUAGACGAGUAUACCGGCGAAGAAAAUGAUGAUGGGUUUUUGAAACUGAAAAGAACCAAGGAGUGGCUGUUAGGGGACAACAACUCAGUGCCAAUGAAUAAGAAGAUGGUCAUCAGGGAAGUACAAGACGACCGUGAGAGAAGGAAAAGAUUGAAUUUUCUCCAAUAUGAAGCUCUCAAGAGGGAACUGCUUCUUUUGACUGUGAGCAUUGGAACUGCAUGCGGUGGAUAUUGUCUGAUAGCUUUAUCAGUCCAGGCUGCUGUGAGCUACAUGACAGGAGUGUUGUUCAGCUGCCUUUACUUCCAACUCUUAUGCAAACAUGCGGACAAUGUAUCAAAAGAAAAAGUUCCACAAAUUUUCAUGAAAAAGAAGUCAAAAAAAAUAGGAAUAAGAAGCCAAGAUCUGCAGGAUCUAUUUGAGAGAUCCGUGAAGGGUAGUGGUAUUGCUCUUUCGUCUCCAAGGCUUGUCUUUCCUGCUGCAAUAUAUGGACUAUGGGAACUGUUUCAACAUUUUGGCAAUGAUAUUUUUGAUUUUAAGCUAGUGCCUGCUAUGGUAGGAUUGUUUGCAUAUAAGGCUGCUGCACUUGUGCAAGUCUACCGAGACAAUGAAGACCUUCAAUUUAUUUUCCCCGAUAAUGCAGAAGGGUCAAGUCAACAACUUGUCAGGUUUCUCAAUGAUUACUGUCUUCUCUAUCCCCUCACACUUUUCAUGAUGAAGUCCUUGUGGAUUGAAAAUGGAGAUGCUGCAAGAGGAAUGGACUCUGAGCAGCUGUUUAAUGAAUUGCCUCAUCUAAAAGUACAAGUUUUCAAACAUGAGUCACGUAAGCAUGAUGUAGAAGCUGGAACUGAAGUUACAGAACAAGGGUUACCUGAAGUUGAUGCGGCAAUGACGAAGACAUCAUCUAGACCCAUGGUGAAGUGCUGCUCCGACGAAGAUGGCAUUGGCUGCUGCUGUGCUUGGGGAACUUGCACUGAUGGAGGAGGGGAGGAAAUGAAGGAGGUAGGACACAAAUUGGAAGUGAAAUGGGGUUCCGAUCUUUGA